UGUAACGUGCUAGCUUAUACACCCUAUUCAUGGCUUUAAUUGCUACCUGAUUUCCCAUGAUCCACUUUUACAUGUUUUGGAUUUGUAUCGAUGAUAAUUAUACGUCUUUAGGAGACGUUUACUUCCGCGUGACGUAAUACGUAAUACGUGCCUCGUUCCCGGAAGUGCAAGAAAACAUUAGCACCAGGGAGUCGCAACUUUCUUAGACAACAGUAACAGGAUAUAAUUGUACACUAUGGCGGUUGACUGGUUGGGGUUCGGCUAUGCAGCUGCUAUUUUAUUCGGUGGAUUUAUGGGGUAUAAGAGAAAAGGAAGCUUGAUGUCACUAAUUGCGGGAUUAUUUUUUGGUGGUAUUUCUGCAUAUGGGGCCUUUAAGAUCACACUCGACCCACAGGAUAAAUGGACUUCGCUUGUUGCUUCUGGUGCUCUGGCAGCUGUCAUGGGAAUAAGAUUCAAGAAAUCUGGAAAACUAAUGCCUGCAGGUAUUAUGGCUGGAUUAAGCCUCAUGAUGGUCGUGCGACUGCUGAUCCUCUGAACACGGCCAUGAAAUGAAGCAUAUUCAGCUACAGCUGCCCUGCCAAUAUUGUUAUAUACACAUUCCACUGCAUCAACCUCUAACUAAAGUAUAUGCACUGAUUCAAUUCUACAGUUCAUGUGAUCAUGUCAGUUAUUUUGAACACUCGGCUUGUGCAUUCCAAAUAUUUUAUAUAUAUAUAUAGAUAAAUUCAGUAAACAUUACAAAAUGCCAUAAUGAAUGCUUAAUCUAAUAAAAUAAAUAAUGAAAGUGCUCAAUUUUAACGUGGAAGCAUUUAUUUCUUGUUAUUAUUACACACAGGCCACAGUUUCACAAAAUGAAUAAAAGACGAACAUUUUAACAAAUUACUAGGUGCAUAUUAUAUUUAAAUAAUCAUGAUGCCCAAAACAUUCACUCUUCAAGUGUAAGAUGAUCAUAAUUAAAAAAAAAAAAAACAAUUUAAUGCACGAGGCUCACAUCAAAAA